AUGGGCAGAAAACGCGUUAGAGUGGCGAGUUUGUCUGUUGGUCGUGCCACCGCCUGUUUCAGGGUUGGCUCCACGCCAUUUCAAUCCAAACCCAGAAAUUUAGACUCCAUUGAAGCAGCUCAGAAAACAGAGUUUUUAAGCAAUAGCAGGGAGGAUCACAAUGAGUUUAGCGCCGGCGGCGGCCCUGAGGAUCCUGACAGGCAGGUGAAAGAUCAUGGGGUGCCGGCGGAGGUUGGAAACAAGAUAAUGGUGGUUGUGGAUUCGAGCCUUGAAGCACAGGGAGCUCUUGAAUGGGCACUCUCUCACACAGUUCAGAGUCACGAUAGUAUUAUUCUCCUUCAUGUAUCCAAGCUCUCCAAACAAGGGUCUAAGGGGAAAGGAAGCUUAAUGGCUCAUGAACUUCUGUACUCCAUGAAAAAUAUGUGUCAGAUGAAAAGGCCUGGGGUGCAAGUUGAGAUAGCUUUGGUUGAAGGAAGGGAGAAGGGCCCAAUAAUAGUGGAGGAAGCAAGACAACAAAGAGUGUCCUUAUUGGUAAUAGGACAAGGAAAGCAAUCGUCAAUGUUAUGGUCCCUAAUGAAGAGAUGGGCAGGGAAGAGGAACCGUGGAGGAGUUGCAGAGUACUGUAUCCAAAAUGCUUACUGCAUGACCAUUGCAGUAAGGAGGAAGAGCAGGAAGCUUGGAGGUUAUUUGAUUACAACUAAGCGCCAUAAAAAUUUUUGGCUUUUGGCUUGAUGUGAUUGCCAAUAAUUCCAUGAGAAAUGGUUUUGGAAGAUCUGAAACACUCAAUUUUGCAUCAGUCACUAUUCACGCUUACAUCCCACACCUAUAACUUUUUCAUAAGAUGUAGGAAUGUUUUUCAUAGGAUAUAGAUAUGUUUUUCAUAAGUCGUGGGAUAUGGAGUUGUGAAUAGUAAUUAA